AGUACAAUUGUCAGCUGGCAGUGUACUGCACCCAUCACACAGUUCUCCUGCAUCCUUAUAAAAACUCAGGCCGUAUAUGCCCUCAGCUUCAGAAUAUCAACCUGUACCAUCUCAAGACGAGUUCGCCGUCUCCCAAGACGAUCUCCACGCUUCAGCUUCGUAUCCACCUCGCCUAACCCCUGGCAAGGCAUCUGGUAGCACCAAGUACUCGAAGACGACGCUUUUGUUGUUUGCGCUUGCGUUUUGUUUAAUCGCUUUUGGCUCGUAUAAGCUUGGGCAGUGGGAGUUUUUCAAGAGUGGCUUGAAGGACGCACAGACUCAGACGGAGCCUACGGACUUGGAAGAGAAACCUUCAGACAGUGGUGCUGGAAUUGAACCUGUGACGGACGAAACUGAUAUGGCUACAAGCUCAGGGAAGCUCAGUGUUGGAUAUUUCGUAAAUUGGGGUAUCUAUGGCCGGAAAUACCCUCCCCAACUGAUACCCGCAGACGACCUCACCCACAUCCUCUACGCCUUCGCAAACGUCCGCUCCGACUCCGGCGAAGUUUUCCUCUCCGACCUCUGGGCCGACCAAGACAUCCACUACCCCUCCGACUCAUGGAACGACCCCGGCGGCCCCAACCUCUACGGCAACUUCAAAGCCAUCUACCUCCUCAAAAAGCAGCACCGACACCUCAAAGUCCUCCUCUCCAUCGGCGGCUGGACAUAUUCGCCGUCGUUCCAUCCGGUAGUGGUGGACUUCAGCAAGAGGCGUACGUUUGUGGAGAGCGCGGUGAAGCUGGUGGAGGAUUAUGGGAUCGAUGGGUUGGAUGUGGAUUAUGAGUAUCCGCAGAAUGAUGCGCAGGCGAGGGGGUAUGUCGAGCUUUUGAAGGAAGUUAGGCAGGGAUUGGACGCAUUGGCGAGGAGGAAGGGAGCGAAUUAUAAGUUCCCGUUGACCAUCGCUGCGCCGUGUGGCCCACAGAACUACGAGAAGCUAUACGUCCGCGAGAUGGACAAGUAUCUCGAUUUCUGGAACAUGAUGGCCUACGACUUCUCCGGCUCUUGGGACACCAUCGCGAACCAUCAAGCGAACCUCUACAACGGUCCCAUCAGCGCCUCCACUGCCAUAAACUGGUACAUCUCGCAAGGCCUCCCGCGACACAAAAUCGUCGUCGGCGUCCCUCUCUACGGCCGUUCCUUCAUGAACACCCAAGGUCCCGGCACCCCCUUCUCCGGAAUCGGCCCCGGAUCUUGGGAAGCCGGAGUGUAUGACUAUCGAGCCCUGCCCCUGCGCAACUCGUACGUCCUUCGGGACAACGAGAGCGUAGCGAGCUGGAGCUACGAUUAUGAGAAGAAGGAGAUGAUUAGCUUUGAUGAUGAGGGUGUGGGGAAGGCCAAGGGUGAGUGGAUUAGGGACGUGGGGUUGGGAGGGAGUAUGUUUUGGGAGUUGAGUGGGGAUAAGGGGGCGGGGCCGGAGAGGCAGAGCCCGGAGGGAGGGGGAGAGUAUAAGGAGGAGGUGCCGGGGAGGAGUUUGGUUAGGGUUGUUAAGGAGGCGAUGGGUGGGUUGGAUAGGACGCCGAAUUGGUUGGGGUAUGAGGGGAGUAAGUUUGAGAAUUUGAGGAAUGGGAUGUAGUGAGGAGGCAUGACGAGAGUCGUGAGGCUAGUUGUUGAAGAAGAUGGCUCGUAUGCUACGAUGUACUUGAUAAUUA